CAUUUUAAAAUAUAUUGACAAAUAUAAAAUUGCAUUGAUAUAGUUGCUCAAAAAGUGCAAAUGUCUCACUACAGAGCACCAUGCUGUCGUGCCAAGAUCUGAGCUUUGCAGGAGGGCAGCGCUACGACAGCUCGUACUCCACCUCGACGUUAGCUGACGGUGUUGACGUAUCCACAGCAACGCUCGUGUCCCUCUGGGACGCUGGUCCCCUGGACAACGGUGCCCGCCAGCACGAGCCGCCGCCGCGGGAUUCACCACAUGUGUCUGAGCAUAGACUGGGACAUCACACCUGGUCGGAUCAACUGUCACCGCAGCUUCAGCGAAACAAACAGCUCCAAGACACUCUGAUCCAAAGAGAGGAGGAGCUGGCGAGACUUCAAGAGGAGAAUAACAAACUCAAAGAGUUUUUGAACUCAUCAUAUGUGAAGUCUUUGGAGGAAAAUAGCAAGAAACUUCUUUCAAACUGCAAAGUUCAAGAUGGAAUGAGGCAACGGAAAAGAACACAAAAUGAUUUCGGAAACGUAAGCCAAUUGCUUCACAGCGGCGAGAUAAAGCGGACCUGUCGUAAUCUAUCCUUAGAGUUUUGCUCUGCGGAGGAGCUUGCGGCCACCCCACCUCUAGACUCUUGGAUACUGGAGACGCUAGGUCUGCAAGAUGAGAAUACUGUUGACCCAGAACAAAGUUUCAACAGCCAUAUAACCAACCACAGUCCCUCUUUUAGCUGUGCACUUCCCAAACAAGAUCAUUACAGUACGGCAACCAUAGGCAAUUGUGUCAGCCUCAGUCCCGAUGCCGAGGCACAUUGUGAUUACGGUAAAAUCUUAGACUCACCCAGCACCUGCAGUUUGGAUACCUCUAGUGGCUACAACACCUCACAGAGCCAAGUAUCAGAAUAUACGACCCUUGACCCCUCAGCUUUGUACACCAUCACGCCCACAGGUUCAUUGGUCGUCUCUUCGCCAGUGAUGACCAAUGCUCAACACUUCACCCCACCACGGGCAGCAUCCACUCCUUAUCCCCAUGAUGCGAGUCCUGGUACGUUUUACGACACACGUGGCUGUGAGUCCUCCAGUCCACCAGGGGGUGGCGACCAGAUUUUCUCGACACCACGUAUGUCCCGUAGCAGGACAGACUUAGCAUUCAGCAUGUCAUUGAGUCCACAAAGUAGUGUUAAGACUCACAGUUUUCCUCAAGGACAAGCAUUUACACGCAGAGAUGCGCAUGGAGGAUGGAAGUUCACCUGGGUUCCCAAACAGUGUUCGUAGGACCCCACUUACGUUGUGGGAGACAAGCAGGACUUAAUUUGUGAAAUAUACAGGUUAAUGAAGAUUAUUUCGAUAUCUUUGAUGCAUUUUAUUUUGUUGUUUAUAAAAUGUGUAUAUAGUGUUGCGUUAUGAUUGAAAUGCAUUGUCUUUGAUGUUAGAUACAG